CUGAGUCAGCCAGCGGAGCAGGAUACACUCUCCUGGACUUCCCGAAGGAGCACUCGGGGCUCACCCCAAGACAAGCCCGAGCUCCCUGCGGGCACGGUGGGGGUUUGGAGACCACCUACCCAUCCGAGGGGACAUCCCGGCAUGUCCCAGGCAAGGCAAAACCGGGCUCUCAUCAUUGUCAACACCGAUUUCUGCAGCAGCGACAGCGAUGGGGCGUUCGGAACCCGGAGAGGAGCCAAGAGAGAAGCGGAGAAACUUUCCAAGACACUCUCACGCCUCAACUACAAGGUGAAGCUGAUGCAUAACAAGACAGCCAAGGAGAUAGAGGACCUUUACCAGCAAGAGUGCUGCUGCGAGCACGGGGAGUACUUUGUGAGCAUCAUCUCCAGCCACGGAAAUGAGGGGGUCAUAUUCGGUUAUGACUCGGAGCCGGUUAAGCUGACCCGGAUUUUCCAGAUUUUAUCCUCAGAAAAGUGCCCGGUGCUCAGCAAAAUACCCAAAAUCUUCUUCAUCCAGGCUUGCCGGGGGAAAGAAUUCGACCGGGGGGUGGUUGUGGAGUGCGACAGCAGGGAGCCUGAACCAGACUGCCUCUCGGACUACAUCUCCAUCCCUCCCCAAACUGUCGUGAUGUUCGCCUGCAGCCCAGGUAAGGGACAGCCCCCUCCAAUGACAUUUCUCUCAAAAACCCCACCAUCACGGGGCUGUGGCACAGCCAACAUCGUUCUCCUUCCUUUGCACUCCACAGGCUACGUGGCCUUCCUCAACAUUUUUGGAUCCAUGUUCCUCCAGGCCCUGCUCAAGGUCCUGGAGGGAGAGGAACGUCACCUGGCCCUCAACCGCCUCAUGACCCGCAUUAACUGGCACGUGGCCUUUUGCUGCCAGGCCAGGGGCACCUACGAGGGAUGCAAAGAGAUGCCCUGCUUUGUCACCAACCUGCUGCAGGAGGUCUUCCCCUUCUCCGCACCCAUCGUGGAGGAGGCGGACGGUGUUUGA